CCGGGAUGGGCCGGUGCCGAGCGGAUGUGGGGGAUGAGAUGGAGAGGUGGGAGUGACCGAGGAAGCACGGAGGAGAGGAAGGAAAGAGGAAACACGUAGAGCCACAGCACAGCACACAACACAACACUCCCUGACUGGAAAAAAAGCCUGCGCGCAGCUCCAGCUUCAAGGAGCGGCUGCUGCCUUCUGGAGGAUCCUGCCCGCUGGAGCUCUAUUGUUCAGACACAGAGGCUUGUUCCUGCGGUUUUCCCGGGUUCAGGAGGAGGGGGUCACCCAUGCUAAGCUCAGGGAGAAUGGAAGAAUUCGUGACCGAAGAGGAAGAGCCGUGGUACGACCAGCAGGACCUGGAGCAGGACCUCCACUUGGCAGCAGAGCUGGGAAAGACUCUGCUGGAGCGGAACAAGGAGCUGGAGGACUCCUUGCAGCAGAUGUACAUCACUAAUGAAGAGCAAGUGCAGGAGAUUGAGUACCUAUCGAAACAGCUGGAGGUUCUCCGGGACAUGAACGAGCAGCACGCCAAAGUGUACGAGCAGCUGGACGGGACUGCCAGAGAGCUGGAGCGCACCAACCACACACUCGUGACGGACAGCAAGACCUCGCAGCAAAAGAUAGAGAGGUUAACAGGGACCAUUGAGACUUUGCAGAACCAGGUGGAGUCUCUUUCAGGGCAGGUGGAGCAGCUUCGCUCCAUGGAGCAGCUCCGAGUCAGGAGGGAGAAGAGGGAACGACGCAAGACCAUCCACUCAUUCCCUUGCCUGAGGGAGCUUUGCACAGCACCAAGGUAUGAGGAUGAGUUUGUCGUGGGCAGGGCUGAGAGCUUUAGCGUGGAUGUAAAGCGUCAACCAUUCGAAGAAGAGAACCAGCACCUGAGGGAAGCAGUGUCGGCCCUGAGGGCAGCCAUCCGGACUGAGAGGGGGCGUAGGGAGGGGGUGGAGAGAGAGUGCAACCUCCUACUUGCAGAGUUCUCACGGCUGCAGACGCGGGUCCAGGAUGCUGAGGGCUGCCAGGCGAGAGUACGGGAGCUGGAGGUGGAGCUACAGGAGCUGCAGCAGCUACGUCGAGCUCGGACUUUCCUGCUGAGCAGCGAGGACGAUGGCGUGGCUCUCACCCAGACUGUCCUCAAUAGCACCCCGGAGACUGACACCUUCCUGGAAGUGGAGGUCGGGGAGACGGGAGGAGGGGUGAGGGAGGAAACUGAAGGUGGAAGGGGUGUCGGUGGUGAGGCGUUACCUGAGUCCAGCCCUGUGAGGAAAAGCUGCAGCGACACGGCGCUCAACGCCAUCGUGGCCCGAGACGCGUCCGGCCGCAGGAGAGGAAGCUACGCCCUCCACGCCAACAGCGUGAGGAAGAGAGGGAUGUCCAUCCUCAGGGAGGUGGAUGAGCAGUACCAUGCCUUACUGGAGAAAUAUGAGGAGCUGUUAGGGAAGUGCAGACGCCACGAGGAGAGCCUGUGUCACGCUGAGGUCCAGACUUCCCGACCAGUCUCCCGAGACCCAUCCAUGAAAGACUGUGCCAUGGGCCCCACCCCGGUGCCACCCCCUACCCCUACUCAGUCGCCCUCCACCCCCGAGGCCAUCGAGAGCAUCAGCAAGCAGGUGGAGGCGGUGGAUAAACGGCUUGGACAGAACACACCAGAAUACAAGGCCCUUUUUAAGGAGAUCUUCUCUCGUAUCCAGAAGACCAAGAUGGACAUCAAAGCUACCAAAGCUGCUAAAGCUGGCAAAUCCGGGAAAUCUGGCAAAUCUAGCAAACACUAAUGGUUCCACUGCUUGGCUGUAAAGAGGAUGAUGAUGUGCUCUUUCCGUGUAUAAUGUGUGGACAGGGGUUUUGGUGUAAACAUUUUUAAAGAGGGUGCUAUUUGGGAAAACUGCUAAAUUCAAGUACAGUUCAAUUUAACUGAAGUCAAAUGAGGCUGCAUGGUUUUAAUCCAGACCUGAAACCUUCCAGCAUACAUGAGAAUCUGAUUUGCAUGUGAUCAAAAAAAAAAAAAAAUGAAAUGGAAUUGUUAAGAACUAGUUCAAGAUCAACACCCUCAUAGUCUUUUAUUCAGUGUUCCUUCUAAAUAUAUACUGGCUUCACUGCCUUAUAACCGUAGGCAUAUACCACAAUAACACAAUGAUAGCAAUAUGCCUCUCAUGAGCCUCACAAGUGCACUAAACUUUAAAGCUUCACAAGAAAAUUGCAUCUCUGACAAGAAACAUGAGUGGAAAUCUAAAAUUAACAUGAGCUGUAUCUGUUAAGUUAACUGUAAUGGACUCUACUAACAUUUGUAUAAUUAGAUUAAGAAAGGCAAAGAUUGAUCCUCUCAGGCCACAGUGCUGUCUGUCUCAAGAAAGAACUUGAGGUGCUACCAUUACAUAUAAUCACAGAUUAACACUGUUCAGAAUUGAAAUAAGCCUUUAGUCUGGAGGAUGUUGCUACUAUCGUGCACCAUUCUGUGUGUGUGAUCAUGAAGUUUGAGGAGUAGUUUGACAUUCUUGGAAAUUAAUUUAUUUGCUUUCCUUCCAGGGAUUUUGAUCAAUACCACUGUCAUGUCUGUCAGGAGGAAUAUGAAUGCUUCUAUUUUUUAUGCUAAGUUAAGUUAAGGUAACCAGCUGCUUGCUGUAGCUUCUGGGGAUCAGGUGAAAAGGGGGAACCGUGAAACUUAAGGAAACCAACCCAGACUGGAAAUUUAAUUUACAUUUAGAAAUUAAAUUCUCUCUCCACUGUGUUAAAAUCACUUCAUCCCUCUUAAGAAUACUGAAGUGGGUCUUCAUACAGACUACAACAGGCCGUUGAGUCAAAAAUAAACUUGCCCAAUGAAAUACAAGAAGCAUUGCUAUUUAAUCAUAGUACUGAGUAAUAAAUCUACAGUAUGUGAAACAAAUUUAUUUUCAUUUUAGAUGAUCAGUUUUGACCCACUGAGGUUUUUAAUAUGUAGAAGUGAUGCUUCCACUAAAUGUUAAAAAGCUGCUGUCUCAGAGCCAAGGCCAAUCUGUGCAGAUUGUUGUUUUCACUGUUUCUGGACAUUGUGGACACUCAUCAUGGAGAAUAUAAAAAUCCUGAGAAGACUGAAGUAAAUGGGAUCAGUCUUUGCACCAUAUAGCGUAUAAGCAUUUUUGUUUGUUGAGGAAAGUGUUAUUAAAAAAAAGUCUACUGAAUGAGGUCAGCAUGAACAUUUGUAAAACAAAAAAACACACACACACAGGUGGAUCCUUUUUAAAGAAAAUGAGAAUGAGAUAUUCCUUUUUUUAAAUUCAAGUGUUGGGACUGUUUUCUUUGUGUCAGCAGAUAGACGGACACGCUGCAUAGUAGCACUGUAACCAAUAUAAGGCUUCAAACCAGGGCUUUGUCUAACACCUUGCAGUCUUACCAAACUAUAAAACUAACCUGCAAAUAUAUUGCACCUUUUUUCACAGUAUACAAUACAGAUGCCUUUUUUCUGGGUAACCUCUUAUGUAUAAACCUUUGCUAUAAUGAAUGUUAUUACUGCUAAUAUUUUAUAUCUGAUUCUUCUGUAAAAUUUAAGGCAUAACAAAGCUUGAAACCUUUCACAUGAGGCACAGCUGACGCCUGAGGAACCCACAUGCGUGUUUUGAGGCUAAGUGUGUAAAAACAGUACGGAGGAUGGAUGUUUUUCUGAAACUUGGUACAGAAGAAAAAUGAAUCCUGUGAGCUCCUGGUGAAGUAAAGGUUAAGUUACAGUCGCAGCAACUUAACUGUGAUAACUGGCGUGUAAAGUGCAUUUGAGGUUGGUGCUCACGUCUGUUAGAAUGAUUCAAGUGUAAUGAGGAGGGAGGAUUAUGUGUUAGCGUAGACAAACCAGAUGCCAAACCAGAGUCUGUUGUCAUUUUACAAAGGCUCAUGAGGUUUCUGUACUGUAAUGUCUUACCUAUUGCACUUGAAAAUGUUUGAUGCCUCAUCUCUUACAUAUUUAGGAUAGCUAAUAUGAACUUGUAUUGUGUGUAUUUAUUUGUGUGUGUGAAUGUUUAAUAUUUUUUUAAUUUACUUUUUAAGGUCCUGUAUGUGAAUGUUACUAACAUAUUGUCAGAAUAAACAAAUUUAAUUUGCUUUAUUUACGUGUGCAUUAUUAGUUAAGAACAUACUGGCAUUAGAGUUUAGUCUGGUCUGGUAUUAGUUCAUGUCCUAUUUUUUUUUACUAAGACCUACUUUACCCUGCUAAUAAAGCACUGAUAUAAUGCA